AUGCGUCGACGUUCUCUUUAUUAUAUAGCAAAUACCGUUGUACCUUGUUUUCUUAUCAGUUGUAUGACAAUACUCGGACUUUUAUUACCACCGGAUAGUGGUGAUAAAAUAAACUUACAGAUUACAACUCUUCUAACUAUUGUAAUGUUCAGUUUACUUCUAUCAGAAAUUAUGCCACCAAGUUCAAAUGCUAUACCGAUUAUUACUAUUUAUUUCAUGUGUGUUAUGAUCAUGUCAGUGGUUUCAGUUAUUGCAUCAGUAUUAGUAUUAUCGCUUCAUUUUCGAAACUCUAAAAAUUAUACAAUGCCAUUAUGGAUUCGUAAGUAUAUUUGUAACUAUUUAGCAUGGCUAUUAUGUAUGAAACGCCCUAAUCAUGAUUUGAGUUGGCGUGCAAUUCGUCGUCGAUGGGCUUCUCCAAAACAAGAAUCGAAUAAUAUAAAUGAAUCAAUUGGCAAUGAUCAAUCUAAGAUUCCUUUUAAACCAUUGUUGAAUAAUACAUUCGAAUUGUUAUCGAGCAACGCUAUGAAUAUUGACAGGGAACCUUUAGAAUCCUUAGAAAAUCGAGAAAAACAACGCUCAGAUUCACUAUUAGAAAAUGUUGUACCUUCAACAACAAAAACUCACCAUUCUCAACAUUAUCAGAAUACAUUGAAAGAAUUGUCUACAUGUGAUACGGAAAUGGUUCGUUCUAAGCUGCUUAUGAUUAUUUCUCAACUUGCUAUUCUUACUGAUCAUUCUCGGCAACAAGAGAAAGAAGAUGAUGAAUCUCAAGAAUGGAAAUUUGUGGCAAGGGUCAUUGAUCGUCUUUGUCUGGUGAUUUCUACUGUAUCUAUGAUUGUUUUUACUACAUUCAUUUUUCUCCAUGUUUAA